AUGCAAAAGUUGGUUGAUUGUUCGAAGGAAUUGGCUGGCAAGAUUCAAAACCACGUUCCAGCUCUUUCCGAGCUCAAAGAGGUUCUUGAAAAGCUUAUAAAUCGGAUAGGUUCCCAGUUCAGGUGGUCGAAAAGUCUUUGGCUGCAAACUUCGAAAAUGUUAGCGUUGAUGUCCGUGAUUGUCCAGGUUUGAACGUUUCGUGAAACCUUUUUUAAAAUCAAAUUGUUUUAAUGUAGUGUAAACGAAAGUUUUUUGUCUCAUCUUUUCAACAAUAUAACUCUUCAAGUUCUUUUUUGUUAAGACCUGUCUGCCGAGCCGUUCAGCUUACAGUCGUCAGGAUUUGGCAAAAACUUGAGAAUCGCCGAUAUCGGUGGUCCCAGCAAUCUCUAUCCGCGUUUCCAUACGCACAGCGAAUUCGACCUGAGGGUACUCUUAAAAAUGAAUCCUUGAAAGUUCUAUUGCCCGCUUCAGGAGAUUGCCAAGGUCUGCGAGCUUCCGUCGGCGGCGCUUUUCGGCCCAGGCGCCGGUCAUUGGCCGACGGUCGGAGUCAACAGCGAAAUGGUCGUCGACGCCAAUCUUGCCAGUGGAAAAGUCAUUAUUCUCAACUUUAAAGGCUUUUUUUAAAGAUUGUUUUCUAGGUACCGAAAGAAAACACAAAACCUAACUCUCAAAAAUUUUUAGAGAUGCCAGGGUCAAUUUUACGCCUUUCUUCGAAAAACAGACUUUUUUGGCGGCUUUCCAAAACAAGUCCAGUUUUUUUUUAAAUUUGGAGCCCGGUUUUCUAAAAGUCACUCUAAAGCUUUUUCAUUGUGAAAGUUCAAUUAAAAUUUUCAAACUACUUUCGACCAACGAAAAAAAGAAAUUCGCCGUUCUUUCGACUUACAUCAUUGAGACGGGUUAUUCAUUUUCCAAAAAAAAAUCUUGAAAAACAGUAUUUGAUAAAGAAGGUGUCGUCACUGAUUUCAAUGUUGUUUUUUGAUCUACUGCGUGUCAAAAACUGGUUUUUCAGAACUUGGAAAUUCGAAAAACACCAGAAAAAAAAAAUGAAAAAGUUAACAAAAUUAACAAUCAUUUCACUCAACAUAAAAAAAUUUUCUGUUGAGUCAAAUGAAAUAUUCUGGUCACAGAUAAAAUGGUUCAAUAAACUUUGGGUAAAUUUAUCCUCUUGAAUUUUCGAAACUUUUUGUCAGGUGUCCACAAAAGUCGCCAAAAUCGACGACAGUAACCCCAAAGGCUACGCCGUUUCAAAAAUCCAAGAACCCAAGUUCAACAUGAUGGCCAAUAUCGCCAUCUCGGAGCCUGAUCAAGCGGAGCAAGUGGGUGAGUCACAUUUUCAUCAAAAUCUAGCUCGAAAACUCAAAUAAUUUCGAUUUUUCUUACAGUCCACUUCAAGGCUUCGAUCCGGAAAGGGUCCAAGAACCUGACAAACACGAUCAGAGAUGCUCUCGCCGAGUAUUAUGGAGAGAAGUCUUGAUUUUAGUGAAAGCUAGAAAAAUCAAUUGAACUCAGGCCGGUGUCAUUGGCAGGUCUUUUCAUCAUUCAAAAAGGAAAAGCCAAACUUCACGUCAUGCCAGACUUUCCGGGUUGUCCGUUUGAGUCGAAUGAAGAGGUUUGGCUUGAUAAAGGAUGUUUUGAAUCAUCAAGAUUUUAGGUCGACAAAUGGUUGAGGUAUUUUGAAAUGGAGGCGCCGUUGGUCUGUGCUUCGAUUCUUCAUUCUUAUGAUCCAGGUUGAGUUUUCGAGAAUCAGAAUUUUUUUUUUCUGUUUUAAAACUGUUCUGUGAAAAUAAGUAAGAAUUGGGGAAGGUUAAUAUAGCUUAUUCACUUCAAAUAGCCUUGCGGGGGUUUUGAAAGGAGCAAACUAACUUUAUACAGGUCUCGAGGCGAAGAGCCGUUUCAAGUGCUAUUCUGAGGAAUAUGAAAAUAUUUGCGUUUGAUUCUGCGCUAGAAUAUUUGAUUUUAGAGCAGGUUUUAUGAGACCUUACUUUUUUUUUCCACAGACCUUCACUGGAUCUCUGAAAAAUCGGAAAACGAAGAUAAGGAAAUUUCAAAAAAUGUUUUAGGUUCAGUAAUAAAAACAGUACAUUUUUCAGGAAUGAGCCUUCGAUUGGAGCACACGCAUUGCUACUCCGAACACGGCGAAGGCGGUCACUACCACUACGACACGACUCCAGAAGACGUCGUCUACGAGGGAUGGUUCGCCCCGGCGAACCACGUCUACCGAAUCGACAAGUGCUGA